CUGAUCUAUUUUUAAUAUGGACGCUUAGAACCCUGUACCACAUGGUAAACUUAAACAAAACAAAUUCACAUAAAGAUGCCAGUCCAGACACGAAGAAGUAGCCGAAAAUCGGUCAAAGGAAAUAUAAGGACCGAGGAUGAAGUAUCCAGUGAAAUUUCGGGCAAAGAUAUUUCCGAAUCUUACGAUUUAGAGAGUUUAGUGUCUCAUGCAUACAACCACAUCGCAUCAAAAAUCUUAUCUAAAAAAGACUGCAAUGAAAUACGUGAUCUACCAAAUAGCAGAGAAUCUGCGGUGGAAGACUUCGAUGAUAGGCUUGUUCUACCAGCUGAGAUUUUAAGCGAGGAAAAAGAUGCCACUGUGCUCGCUUCUGAAUUACAGCCACGCCUUGAGCCCACAGAAAUGUAUUUGAGUCUAACCCGGCCUUCCACAGUCUCAUCCAAUAUUCCCAGUGCUUCACUAGCAAACAUUGACAAGUUAAUGAAGAAAAGUGUCAUCACAUCAGAUUUUGAGAAGAAGCACACAGCUCCCCCCAUGCGUGAAUCUUACAAUCAGAGACAGUGGAAACGGAAGCAAGCUACAGAGCAAUCAGCUGGACCAAAGUGGUUUGACUUGCCUGCCACCACAGUGACACCUGAAUUGAAACAAGAACUCAAGGUCCUCAAAAUGAGACAUAUUCUGGACCCCAAACGGCAUUACAAGAAGAACGAUUCCAAGGAGCUGCCCAAGUAUUUCCAGAUGGGUACGGUUGUUGAAGGUGCUGCUGAUUUCUACUCUUCUCGUAUCCCAAAACGAAGCAGAAAGAACAAUAUUGUACAAGAAUUACUAGCAGACGCACAGUUUAGAAGGUAUAACAAGAAAAAGUUUCUUGAAAUUCAAGCUGCAAAAGAAAGCGGAAGAAAGGGAUUUUACAAAAAGAAAACUAACCGAAGAAAACCGGCCUGGGCAAGAAAGUGAGAAGAAAUUCAAAAUGCAGUGAUUAUAACUCUCUCCACUAAAAAGAGAAAAAUAUUUAACAAUUAUACCAUUAAAAGAAAGAAAGACAACUACA